CGAGUAGGUACUUGGUUGCAAACGUGUGAUGACGACGAUGAUGAACCGGAGCCUGAGACGUAACGCGCGCGCAUAGAGUGUAAACAUUGUGGAUCCGUCGAGCGUUGGGUAGGUGGGAAGCGGUGUAGUCGGCGGUGAUUGCAUUAUUUUUUGCGGUGCAACUGAUGCAUUUUCACAGCCUACUGCAAAGUGGCUGCCGAGUUGACCCACCCCGGCGUGGAAAUAGAGUCAGUUGGGUGGUGCGAUAAAUAGUGGCUCAUUGUGAUUUUGCGGUUUGAUCGCUCUCCUGUUAUGUACGAAAAAACGGUAGAUAAGGGAUGGAACGAUGGAAGACGACUUCGCUGAUAUCAUGGCCAUCGCCGGACGACAACAGUUGGGUUCCAACUGGCAUCGCGUCGGGUGGCAGUAGAACCUUGCUACUGGUUGGUGUCCACCGUCGUCUUAGUCGGAUGCUGGCUGGAGAACGAGCUUCGGAGGACGAUUAUUAGUGCGGGUGUGCGAACGCGAUCGAAACGUUCGCUUUGCGUCUAUUUUUAUCCCACGUAGGAAAAAGUAAGUCCGCGAUCUACCUCGGACCAGAGAUAGAGAGAAAACUGCACCUCAAGUUGGAUCACAAUCUGAUGCGUGCGAUCGACACAGAGUUUACGCCGUGGUACAAAGUGCGAGUUUUGGCGGUGUGAAUUUCUUCCCGCAACUAUUUCUGUAAACAAUCGUGAGCUGCGUUCGAGAACGGAUCAAGUGAUUCAAGCGAAGUGAUCUCCGGGGGGAUUGACUCCAUUCAGAUUCGGGCUGGAAGUGAACCGCGAAAGACGCGACCGUGCAACUACGACGACAAAAAAAAACAACAACGACGCACAACCUGUGGAUCAAAGCGAAGAAAAAAAAUACGCGGAAACGUAAAACCGUGAAAAGUGCUCGUUCUUCUGUGUUAUGUUCAAGUGCGUAUGUGUCAGUGUGUGAAAAACUGAAAGCGGAAAAAGGAAACACAAAGGACCAACAAGCAACAGGGGGCUGCCACCCAGCUAAGUGGAUGAGAAGCUCGGCAAAAGGAAAACACUGCCACCACCACCACCGGAGCCAACCGUUGCCGUUAGGUUCGAACGAACUGCUCAUUCGGUCUCGUUGAGCACGGUAUGAUACGUUGCCCAUACCUUCAUGAGAUGCAUGAACGUUUACUGGGACCAACACCGCGCCGACCAAUCCAGAUAACCAAUCUGCCUCCGUUGGCCAAGCCGGAAAAUACGAACAUCAUGGACCGCGAGAGCGACUGCCUGCUCGAGAGCCGGCCCGAAAGCCGACAGAUCGGAACGAUGGUUAAGCUAAACCCCGACGGAUUCGGUUCGCACACCACGCCGACACAUCACAAAUCACCUCUAGUGCCUUGCAACGGAACCGACGACGACGACGACGAUGACCGUUGCAACGAAGACGACGCCAUCGGAGUGAGCGUCACCGAUUCCGACGACGACGGGAUCUACCUGCGGAGGCACAUUCGCAAGAUCAUCGAGGGACGGAAGCCAAAGAAUGCCAACUCUCUGUGGACGCCCUAUUGGCAGCCGGUCGGUGCCAAAAGAGAGAAGAAACGUCGCAGAAGAACGUCCCUCUUCAUCGUAACUAGUCUAGUCUAUGCCAUGCUACUGAUAGUGGUCUGCGUCGCAUACGUAAUCAGCGACGUGACGACCCACCGAUUACCCGUAAUGUACUACGAAGGGUUCUUCACCUACCUAUACGGAGCGAGUAUCCUGUUCCUGCUGUAUGUGUUCUGUUUCCUGCUGCAAGAGAGCUCUUGCUGCAACUCGAAACCAAAACCACCGAAAGAAAAGAAACCAAAGAAGGAGAAAAAGCCAAAGAAGGGUGACGCGGAAGCCGGCGGAAAGGAUGCCUCCGGCAAGGACGGUACCAAGGAUGCUGGUAAGGAUUCCGGCAAGGACAGCGGUAAAGGAAAGGACGAAAAGUCCGGCAAAGCAUCAUCACACUCGGGGAAACCCAGCCCCUAUCAGGAAGUCUACCCGAAGAAGAAACGGGACCUGGUGCGCGAGUCGCAGAAACGAUCGGCCGGUACUAGUAGCGGUAGUCCUGGCAGGAGCGGUCAGCAACAGCGAACUGCCGCCCGACUGCCGCCGCGCCAGGAACCGACACCGGACCCAGAAGUUGCGCUGUCACCACGAUGCAAACGCAAAACAACCCAAGAUCCGGCCCAUGGUAGCUUCUUCCUGCGGGUGGGAGCCAUUGCAUUCGGAUUGGGUACCAUGAUCUAUACCGGAUUGGAGUUUGGAUCGUUCUUUGAAAUUCCGUUCACUUCGCCGUGCCAUCAGAUUCUACGGGGAGUCAAUCCCCUACUGCAGAUGAUUUUCACAUUCAUGCAGAUGUAUUUUGUUUUCAUGAAUGCUCGGCUCAACAUCCACCGCUUCAAAGUCUUGGCCCGCUUCGGCUUGAUGCACAUAGUGGCCACAAACGUGUGCGUCUGGAUUCGUACUCUGGUGCUGGAGUCUUUGAAGGAGAUCACUGCCUACCAUCAGCGACGCGGUCCCGAACCGGAAGACAACGCCAUCCUGGAGAACAUCCGCCAACAUACCCUCAAAAACGCCGGAAUGGUCAUGGGAACCGAACUGGGGCCCCGCGAAGACACCGAAUGGGAACCCGUCAGUGAGAACCUGAACGCCCAGGUGGACCUCUCCCAGGAGGGUAGCGUACUAUCCAAAAUGGUUCAGAACACUGCCAAAACCUUGGUGGAUGCAGCCGCCACUGCUCGUGCAGCAACGUCAUCAUCCACUUCUACAACCUCCACCACCAGCACUACUACAGCUGCUCCUACCACUACGGAACACAUCACAACAACCAUAUCAACCACGGCAGCCAACUUAUUCGAACGGCUCCGCGACAUCGUAGCUACGGAAAGCUCCACCAGCUCAUCAACCACCGAGACGGCCGAUUUUGAUGCGUUCACCACCGCCAGCACCACCCCGUCAACCACCACGACCUCAACCGAGGGCCCAGCCUUUCUGGACCACUUCGUCGACCACGUGGACUACCUACAGCGGAACAACAGCCUCGAGCAGACCUACGAAUCGCUGGAGUCGCUUUUCCCGCAGGCUUUCGUAGCCGUUUCAACGGCUGUUUCCGCCAACGGUACGGCAGUGAGUUGCGGCCGGGUUAACAUCAUGGGAACCAUCGUUCAGGACUCGGCUCCGUAUCUGUAUCCGUUCAUCAUUGAAUAUUCGCUGAUCGGUGCUGCCGUAAUUUACGUCAUGUGGAAGCACAUUGGACGCUACCCGAAAUUCACCAAUGAGGAAGACCUGGAGCACCGAUUGGAAGUGAUGUUGUCUCGCCGUGCCGUGGUGAUGGCACAGCAGGCUCGUACCGGCCGUGUGGACUGCGUUGGCGCCUCAAAGGGCUUGUUCUUUGGAUUGCUGUUGCUGGUCGGUUCAUUGAUCUGUCUGAUUCUGUUCUUCGUGUUGGUUAGACAUCCGCAGCUGUCACUUCUGGCGAUCUACUUGGGUGACGCUUCGCACUGCAUCCUGAUGGUUCUGGCCAUCUUUGCCAUCAUCAUUGGAUUUAUUCGCGUCCAGAACCUGAAAUUCCGCUGCGAAGAGCAGAGCAACCUGAACGACAUCCUGCUGCGUAUUUCGGCCUUCGGUUUGUUUAUCUACGCCACCUUCAGUGUGAUUGCCGGGUCGUUGAACUUCCUCGAGAGUGAGCCGAACCUGCUGGUCAUGGUCACCGGAAUCGUUGCCAUCGUUCAGGUUGUGAUUCAGCUGCUGUUCAUUGCGGACGUUUCGCGUCGUCGCGUGCACUUGCCGGAGCACGACCGCGUCAAGCCCGGUCGCCAGAUUGUUACAUUCCUGCUGAUCUGCAACGUUUCCAUGUUCGCCAUCUACACUUUCGAGGCGCAGAAGGUGUUUGCCAAUCCGGUUCAAUUGGACUUCUACGGUUUUAUCGCUUGGUCGUUGAUCCAGCGUGUGACCCUGCCGCUUUGCAUCUUCCACCGGUUCCACAGCGCCGUCACGCUAGCCGAAGUAUGGAAGACCACGUACAAGGCACGGUUGGAGUAAAUUCCGGAAGAAACAGAAAAGGAUACAGCAAACGUGAAAACGCACAGCUCCGUCGCAGCACCAACUCGAGAUCAGGAGAGACAGAAAGGAGGCACUCACUCUCACGUAUGCACACACAUCCACGUAUUGUCAUGAGUUCGUUCGAGGUAUCAGUUGGGAAAAUGUCGGCGAGUGAGUGCAGGUUUUGUGGUUUAUGGGCGAAGUUUGUGGCAGAAAACAGAAGGUUUUUAGUGUUAUAAUUAAUCACAUGUGAUUUGAAAUGAUUUACUUAAUUUAUUGAGUUUAUUUUGUUCGAUUAUGGUAGUGACAAUAUUUGAGAAUUACGAGACAACUGUAUUUAAGUCAAGUAUUUAUUUAUCAUUUAACCUAGUAAGGAAAACAAACGGAUGUAAUUUUUUCAUAAGUUUUGAUACAAGCCAACAGUAGAGAACGGAGAUCCUCUGAGCAGUUAGCAGAAACAAGAGGAAAUCUGAAGAAAUAGAUUCAAGUUUAAGCCAUACUUCAUCAAGUUGUAAUAGAGUGUAUCGUAAACAUACCAAUUUAAACAAAACACAAACACGUAAAAUCCCUUUAGACAGAAUCGUAUAUUGGUAGUUAUAAAAUUUGAAAAUUUUACUCAGAAUAUAAACCGCAUAAACACAUUUUCACUCAUUACAGAAGAGUAAGAAUUAAUAUAAAAGCGAAGAAGAAAACAAACCAUAAAAAACUUAGCAGUUCAGAUACCCGGAUUCGGAGGGGACAUCCAUCUGGAUCCAUCCGGCCGGGAUCUAGUUCGAAUCUAUGUCUAGUUGUUAGAUUAGUAACAUGUCACAUAUUUAUGCCGGGAGAGAACGAAUCCACUCACAUGGAGACCGCAUGAGCAAGUGGACGCAUCCUUUCCUCACGGACAGAAAAUGCAAAACAUGAAGGCAACGACGCAGUACGACGUAGUGGAAAUCGUUUCUUUUUUAAUGAGUGGUGAUCGUCAGAAAAUUUUGCCCACCAUAUUUACAAAACGAAACAAAAUAUUAACAUUGAUACCAUGAAUUAAAUUGUUGACAAUGUAAUCAAGCAGAAACUGUCACGCUUUUCAGUUUGCUCAUUUGUAAAUAAUUCCCUCCGUUUUUUGAUCCACAUAGCAGUGCAAUUGUGUUUUACUUGUGUAAUUUAGUCUUAAAUAUGUAUGCAAAUCUUUGACCACGUCAAAACCAUCCGACUCCAAACGUCACUCAUGAUAUUUUUUUAACGCGAAGAUACAGUCAUUUAUUCGACCUAAAUAAAAAAACAAACACUCACACAUACUAACAUACUUACUUAUCGAGGACCAGAGUCUAGUUUUUGGGAUACUUUUUUCUUUAUUGGAAACUCGUUGAUUUUUCGAUGCUAGUCUUAGUAACCGGUGAAGUUUUGUAUUUGAGGAAAUCUGAAAUAAGAAUAAAUAAAAAAAGAUAAAAAUAAACUUUUUAAAUCUAACAUUUAGAACUGAAAUCGAACGGCCAAACUGAACCUGUCGAAGGUAGAUCUAGACGAAAAUCAUUCCAGCAGCUCAAACAAGUAGAAAACAAUCGAAUGCAACGCAAAAUUCAAUGUUUAGGACGGUACAUCAGAGGCCCACGCGCACGCUUGUGUGUGUUUGUAGAACUAUGCGCAUCCAAAUUCCAUGCUCAGUAACGAUCAAAAUAAAUCCUACAGUUAAAACAAAAAUAAACACACAUGGCGACAGGAUAGAAACUGCUCGAACCGAAUGGAACCGGAAAGGAUCACACAACACUGCCGAAUUUUAAGAAACAAAUGUCACUCACGCUACUCACAUCAACAAAAUCUAACAUCCACUAACACAAGCACACAACCACACACUAACCGAAACGAACGAGAAGGUCUCCCGAUGGAAGUUCAUUGGUGGCGGCCGUGUGUCCAUUGUUUACUUCUUCAGUUGUCGCAAAACAAGCCAUAGCGAGCCCAGCAAUGGUGAACAAAAUAAUCAAAACAAAAUCAACAUCCACUUGGAAACGGGGAAUACAAACCAAUCUUAUCGAAUCUGGUGUUUAAUGGUGAAAUGUCUAUUUAGAAAAAAGGUUGCUCGAAGAACAUAUAAACGAAAACAAAACGGUAGAAACAUGCAAUAGAAAUCGAAACAGUGCACAACAAACAGCAAGUUGUUCAGAACUCAUUUUGGUCGACAAUUAUUCUACUUUUCAGAUGAUGACAUUUACGUCAGUGUAAAGGCAGGUUGUUAAAUUUUUUGGUGUAAAACAAUUGAACGGUGCAAUACAAAAACACAAUAAAAAUAACUGGUUUGCAAUGGAAUGAACGUUAGAUCAUAAUUUGGGGUCACUUACGUGAUUGGUACUUUCCUCUAUUCCUGUGUUUGGGUUUUAUUGAGAGACAGCGAAUGAUCAUCCCGAAGCGAUACUACCGCACACUCAAUUUCGUUUUGCUUUCACACACACACACCAACAAUAGAGAACAUCCCAACAAGGCAGGUAAAUCGAAUAUGUAAAAGAACGUUAGUUGACCGGAGUCUAUUAGUCGGAAACGAAUGACCGGAACCAGGAGAAGCAGAUGAGAAUCGAUGAAUUCGUAAACAUGAAAACAAAACAAAAUGCAUAAACCUAUUUGUAAUGAACUUAUUCUUGAAAACAAAAAAACACAAGUCGAUGAUAUGUCUCAAUUUGAUUGUACAAAAAAAAACAAACCAGAAAGAGAAGCUAGAAGAUGUAUGCAGCAGGAAAAUACGGUCAUUAACAAAUAAAGAGAAAAUCAUGGAAAA